AUGGAGCCGAACUCACUCAAGUGGGUGGGCUCGUCUUGCGGCUUACACGGACCCUAUGUAUUCUACAAAGCCUUUAAAUUCGCGAGCCGGGACGCCGAGGCUCGGAUCCUGUCGCUGGGGGACUUUUUCUUGGUGCGCUGCAAGCCGGACGAGCCCGUGUGUGUCGCCGAGCUGCAGCUUCUCUGGGAGGAGAGGACGAGCAGGCAACUUUUGUCCAGCUCCAAACUUUAUUUCCUACCAGAGGACACUCCCCAUGGACGCGAUGUCUCCCACGGAGAGCAUGAAGUGAUUGCCGUGUCAGAGAAGGUGAUCGUGCGCCUCCAGGACUUGGUCAAAUGGACGGUGCCAAACUUCUCAGAAUGGACCCAUGGUCUAAAGGCGGAGCCCCUCAAGGCCUCGGUGCUGCGUGAGCUGGGGACCAACGGACGGCGUGAGGCCCUUCACCGUUACCGUGAGAGUACACUCACCAGUGGACUCAACUUCAAGGACGUCCAGCGGGAACGGGCACGCCUUGGCCAGGAAGAGGACGGCAGGAAGGUACUGGUCCUUAGCUACCCGCAGUACUGCCGCUACCGCUCGGUGCUUGUCCGACUCAGGGAACAGCCCACCUCUCUCCUCCUCAACCACACGGUGUUGGCACUGGGUGGCAUCGCGGCGCUGGGUGGCAACACCCGGAUUCUGUAUUGCCGUGACACCUUUGAGCAUCCCACGCUGCUGCAGAACGAGAGCAUCUGUGACCAGUUUGCUCCCAACUUGAAGGGACGUCCCCGCAAGAAGAAGCUGUCUAUCUCGCAGAGGAGGGACUCCCAUGGCUGCAUCACAGUGACAGCUCUGGACCCCAAUAGCCUGGAGACCAAAACUCACAAGGUCAAAGCGAGCUGUAAAGCGUUAGCCAAUGGCAAGUUGAGUUCCGGAAAGCUUAGUUCCAGCACCAAACAUAAAGCCAGUGUUGGUCUAAGCAGGAAGCUUGUGGCACCUGAAGAAAUGCAGCGACUGAAGGAGAUGGUAGAGGAAAGGAGCGAGCAGGAGGAGAACAGGCAUCCAUCUUCCUUGGCCUCCCUGCAACUAGAGGAGGAGGAGGCAACCAUAGCUGCAAUUGUGGCGUCGUCAUCCUUAUCGGAGGAAAGUAGGGAGGAUGAGCAGGCCUUCCUGGUCGAGCUCUAUAAGUACAUGAAGAAGAGGGACACACCAAUCGAAAGGAUCCCCUUCCUUGGCUUCAAACAGAUCAACCUCUGGACCAUGUUUCAAGCGGCUCAGAAGCUUGGAGGAUAUGAGCUGAUCACGGUCCGCAGGCAAUGGAAGCACGUGUACGACGAGCUGGGCGGCAACCCGAGCAGCACCAGUGCCGCCACGUGCACGCGGAGGCACUAUGAGAGGCUUCUCCUCCCGUAUGAGAGGCACCUCAAAGGCGAGCAAGACAAGCCCCUACCCCUGACCAAACCCCGCAACCAUGAGAAGGCCACGUCCGCCAAAGCCAAAGGUGCUGGGGUCAAGAAAGCCAAGGGCUCGAGCGGUGCCAAGCAGGCCAGAAAGGAGCGCGUGGAGGCGGCCAAAGCCCAGCAGGAAUCACAGGAUUCCAAGGUCAAAGGGGAAGUGACCACAAAGCUUGAACUGCCAGCUGUGGAUGAACCCAUCAUCAUCGAGGAGGAGGAGGAGGAGCUUCACGUCACACUUAAGAAGGAAGAGUCAUUAGCAGGGGAGAUGCCCACGCCAAUGUGCUUCAAAGAGGCUGACUCCAGCAGGGCCCCGCUGGCCACUCGGCCCCUCCAUGCUGGAGCCCAGCCGGAGUGGCGGAAGAUCAGUGAGGUCCUUCAAACCGCCAAGACUGAGGUGCACCUGGUCACCAAAAGCACCUACUUGCCUCACCUGUGGGACCAGAACAAACCCCCCGGACAUUUUGCGCUGCCCGAGUCCUCCUCUCGGGACAAAGACUCCUCGGAUAGUCACGGUGGAAGAGUAGGCAAGGUGUUAUCCAUGUGUAAACAAGAUAGGCAAUCCAUAGACUUGAGUACAGAUUCUUUCCCGGAGAAGGAAGACUACGGGGUGAUCCAAAAAGAUAGCCCCGCACAAAUGGCUGCCUACUGCAAAACUGGCCAAGGCGUCAUGUCCCCUCUGGCCAAAAAGAAGCUCCUCUCUCAAGUGUGUGAGUCUACGUCCUUCUCAUUUGUAUCUUCUCUCCAGCCUCCUAUUGCUCCCGAGAGAGAGACUGAAAAGAGGAAAAGCGAGGAGGACGGCCAGAGGCAACACGCGUCUGACAAUGUCCCAGAGGCGGCGCCAAUCUUCAGGCCAUCGGUCAUUCAUCAUGCGCAGAGCAGCAAGCCUCAGCAGGAGAGGAGCGUCAGCCACAUCCUGCCGCCUCACGUUAGUGCCCCAUGGCAGCCAUAUCUCACCAGGACGAAGGACCGUGAUGCUGUGGAGAACACCUCAGAAAAGCUUCUCCAGUCUCGGAGCUUUGCAGGGGACUGUUACUCGUCCCCACACCUGCACAGUCUGUACAGACAAACUGAGAAUUGCCUGAGCCAGGACCGAAUUGCCGGAUACUCCAACGGAGAGCGACAGGAGCGCUUUGUCCGGGACCGCGAGGGGGAGCAGGGUUUCGUUUGCUGUGGCCUGGAGAAAGAAGGCCUGGCUUACAGAUCGCACUACAGUGACGAAGCGCAGACUCGAGGGGAGAGUAGAGAGGCUGAGGAUCAACCCAGGGACUUCACCAUUUCCAAACCACUUUCUCAGAGGGUGUCCACAGUCUCCAAACCUUCCUUUUGCGGUCUCCCUUACUCAAUCGUGCACCAGGGCUUGGACUCGCACCCUAAGGGGUGCAGAGUUCCCGCCAUGACAGUCUCACCUCCCAAGCAGGACCCAUCUCCAACCUUUCCGAAUCCCAAGUCUUUAUCUGAAUCAUCCCUCGCCAGCCCCGUCCGACCGAGCAAACGGAGUGUCGGGGAGGCGGAGAUUGAGGAGGCACCAGAGAGGAAGGUCCGUGUGGUGACGCCCAUCCACCCUGCUUCUGCCGUUCGACGGAGCGACCCAGAGGAACUGAAACCUGCCGAGCCGGCCCAUGCCGUUCACCUCAACAACCACCCGCCCGAGGGCCACCCCGCCACCACCUACACCCUGUCUCAUGCCGCACCCCUCUACGCCGGCAUGUACCCGCCCGGCAGUCUUGUGUCACAGAACAGACUCCAGCAGCACCCUGGCCUGCAGUACCUAAAGAGCCAGUCGGCAGUGUCCCCACUCGUUCCCCCCUUAGCCUUUCACUCCAUGAUGCUCCACAGGCAGCUUCUGGCCUCCGCCCCCAGCCCGCACCACUUCUUCAGGCACCCUGGCGGAGCAGCCCUUUAUGGGGACCUGUUGCACCAACUGUACCCGCUCUCCACCCUGCCCCAACCACAGCUGUCCUCAGUACACCCCAGCACUAGACUGUGA